CUUGACCGUAACCCGUGUCUGUGGCCCACGGCCAUCGUGAAAAUUCGUGAAUGACCGCUCGUCUGCGAGCAUGAAUGUGUAACAUGGACGCAUUGGGGAUCGAUACAAGUGAUUGCCAAUGGAGUUUAGACGUGCGAGACGCUCGAGUUUACCUGCGAGGCUCGAUUUCGCACGAUCCUCGGACCUAGGAAUCUCCAAUUAGUCUGAAUUAGCCGUAAAGCUCUGGAACGCUGAAACUCAUCCGCCACCGGUGGACCGACGGGUGUCAUGAGCGUGCCCGGUGCGAUAAUACCGCAGGAUAUAGCAUUUUGUAAAUUAAAAUAAGGAGAUGGAACGCGUGCGUUUUGUUGUAUAUAGAGACCAGAUGGUUUACGACGAUGUCACCGCCAGGUUGCACCGUGUAGUUAGGUACGAGAAACGAAUCAAACGGUACACGACGCUCAGAUACAACGAUGCCGUUUGUAUAUGUAAUUUCACAAAGUCACUUUGCCUGUGCAAGGGCGGGAUCAAUGCCUAUUUCGUCUCUGCCUACAUUGCGACGUUGUCGAGGUCGAAUUUCUACCGCGCGAACGUCAUGAGGUUGUUCAGACCACUUCGGACAACCUGCGACAGGCCGUUUGACAUAGAACACUCGUUGAUAAUACGUUUAAGAUUAAAGGUACCGAGGAAGCAGUUUCUCGAUUACAAAUGGAACGACAAGCUAAUGCAAAUGAUUGCGGAGAGGCAGGAAGCUGAUCACGCCAUGUCUUGGCUGUCCACGCUCGGAGGAGCGUUUUCCGCACUGGGAGAGGAAUUUGAGCACUGCGCCACAAUGGCGGGCAAAAUCUCGGUGAAGCAGUUUGAGCUGGCGCUGCGCCUCAACAAUCCUCUCCUGGUUGCUCGUUGCAAGCUGUACGCUGCUUUAAGUCUCAUUCAACGUGGCCACUUUACCACCCCGAUGCACAUGAUACGAAAGAUCUACAAAUUUGCAAUUAAAGAAAAUGACGUCCGUCUCCAAAACAUGUGUCAGGGCGUGUGGGCCAAAUUGCGGUACAAUUACGGGCAGUACCAACGGCAAAAGAGGUCCCUGCUGUUGAAGACCUUGCACGUACCCUCGGAGGUUUAAGAAAUCUACGUCUACCUUCUACGUCUCUGUAAAUGUGUUAAUAAUACAUGUACUAUAUCUUGCAUACAAA